UUCUAUCGAGGGUGUUUUGGUAAAUAAACUAAAAUUUUGAUCUGUGUCUGCUGGUGGUGAGUCUGGUAGUUCAAUUUGAAAGCCGGCCCGAGAGAAAGAGGGAGAGGGAGAGUAGAAAGGCAGUUUGGGUGAGAUUUUGAAUUGGCUGAGAGACAGAGUGAGAGGCAUCGAGGAGUUGCAAAACGCCGGCGUGUCGAAUAGAAGAUCGUAGGGGGAGAUGGUGAAGGGACUGCAACAAGGGCAAAAUCUGGCAGCGGAUGUGACACAAAUGCUGGAUCAGUUGGACCGCCAUUGCUUGGCUCCUGAUGGUUCUCUCGUUUCCAAAUCCGCUUACUUCGACCUCCUACUUGCGAGGGAGGAAAUGUCCAGGGAACGGCUUCGCUACCUGGAAGCCAUGGCAAUAUAUAGUGAGGCAAUUGCUAUGGUGGAAGAGUAUCAACAGGCAGUUUCUGUGGCUAAUCUCGGAGGAAUUCGAGACGUGCAGGGCUUAUACCUGCAGCUUGGCCUAAAGAACUCCCCUCAGGUAUAUGAGAACUUAGAGCAUCGAAUGGUUGUUGCUGAAGCAGCUCAAAGGUUAAGGCUUCCUCUUAUCUCCAAAGAUGGUGAAAUCCGUGAAGAAGAAAUUGAGAAGUGCAGUAUAAUGUCAAGGACCUCCCUUGAUAGUACCAGUACAAGUGUUACAAUCAGUUCAACCUCCAAUUCUACAAAUUAUACAACUCCAAGUAGCAAUGUCAGUGCCGCAAAUAACAACCUUUCUCUUGCUGGUUCUGAUACAGAACCUGGAGUUGGUGGUGUUCCUAAUCGCUUUCUUGGAAUUACACCCAAUUAUUUAUGGCAAACUCAGCUCCAGAAAAGUCCCUCCUCCAUGGAUACAACAGAAUACCAGUUGUGUCUUUCCCAUGAGAUCGAAGCUCGUUUAAAGUCUAAAUGUGAUAAGUUAGCUGAUGCCUUUAUAAUGGAUGACAUGGACUCAUCAUCUGGGCACCAAAAUUCAAGUGCUAGGAUUCCUGAAAGAGUAAAGUUCAUAAUAGAGGAGAUUGAAAGAGAAGAAGCUUCUCUACGAGAGGAUCUGUACUCUGCAGAUAGGAAAUUUGCUGAAUAUUAUAACGUCUUAGAGCAGAUAUUGGGUGUGCUUAUUAAGCUUGUAAAAGAUUUGAAGCUGCAACAUCAGCACAAAUAUGACGAACUGCAAAAAACAUGGCUUUGCAAAAGGUGUGAGACCAUGAAUGCAAAGUUGAGGGUUCUAGAGCAUGUUCUUCUUCUUGAAACAUACACUCAAGAAUCAAUACCAGCUCUACACAAAAUAAGAAAGUAUCUUGUUGAGGCUACAGAAGAAGCUUCUAUUGCAUAUAACAAAGCGGUUACACGUCUCCGAGAGUAUCAAGGUGUUGAUCCUCAUUUCGAUGCAAUUGCAAGGCAGUACCAUGAUAUUGUCAAGAAAUUGGAAAAUAUGCAAUGGACAAUCCACCAAGUUGAGAUGGAUCUGAAGCGCUUACCUGACCACCCAAAUGCAUAAAAUUUGUGUCUAUUGUAUAUGGCAAUGAAAAAGAACAAAUUUUUUUUGUUUUCUUUACUUUAUAUUCUUCCAUAUCUGUUCUCCAAACAAAGAUUUUUGACAAACAAUAUUAACGAAUGAUCUUGACAAUUAAAUAUGUUUAAUCUAAAGUGUAAUUUUCUUCUUUAUAAAACCAUUCAAAUUCCUA